CAUACUUCGAGACAAGAUACAAGAUAUGACUUUUAUAACAGAGAGCAACCACAAGGCAGCUAUCCUCAAAAUAGAAUCAGAGAAGACCAAACAAAAGCACAUAAAAGGAGUCAUAAGGAAAGAAGUACAGACGAACAAGACAAGAAUAAUACACACGAUGCCAAACAACUUAUAGCAAGACUUAACAAUAGACAAGAUAUAGGUCUUAGCAUACAAAAGCUAGAGCGAAUCAACAUUAGGAAUAAUUUGUAUUUUAAAAUUAUAAAAGAAGCGAAGAAACUUAAAAUAGAUAUCAGGUCUGAAGAAUUAGAAGAAGACCUACAGCUAUAUAAAGAAGGAACUGAAAUCAUGAACCUGCUCAAAAAAAAGCACAGACCAAGCUUUGGACAAGAAAAAGUGAUAAACAUCUUCACACUUGAACAAAUACUAGAUAGUAAAGGAGCAUUAUUGCUUACAUGA